ACGGUGGCGUUUUGUCGGUCUUACCAUGUAGUUAUUUGUCGGAUUGCUUUUGGUCGUAAUGUGAUUGUUAUCACAAUUAAGAAUUACAAGGAAACUAUCAUGACUCAUGAGUAAAUAACAUGGUAGAUAUGAACGUACUACUACUUAUUAGUAAUAGUUUUUUAUUAUAAUAGUAAUAUUACUCUAUGAUGUAAGUACUCUGAGUACGGUAAAUAUUAAUUAAUAUUGAUAAUAUAAAUUCACAUAUUUAUCAAUUUCUAAUUUUUUUUCGUGUAUUUCAUUGUAUUGUGUUGUUGUAUUUUGUGAGUAAAAAAUUGAAUAAAGAGUGACAGUUGAAAAGUCAUUGUUAUAUGUAAGUUCUAUUAUACAUUUCAGUAAUUUAAUUUUUAGAGUCAUUUACUUAUAGCAUUUCAAUAUAUUCUUUUUGAUCUAAGUACAUAUUUAAUUAAAUUUAUCUACAUUAGUUUUGAAGUACUUUCAUGUAUUGCUAAUAUAUGUAUACUUAUCUAUUUUACAUUUCACAUUUUUAUGUUAUAAAUUUAUUUUAACAGAUAAGUGUCUAACAUCUAUUUUUUUUUUUUUUAAAAAAAGAAAGAUAUUUCUAUGGGUUAAAUAAACAGUUAUAAAUUAAACUUUUUUAAAAUUAAUUUUAUAAUCUUUUCAUUAUCUUUUCGAAGAAUUAAACAAUAAUAAUAAUAAUCAUACAUUUUUUUUUUGCUAUAACUUGGAUUGUUUUAUGUUUUUGCAAUAAUAUGAAUUAAAUAAAAUACAUUCAUACAUAUAUAUAUAUAUUAAAUUAGAAUAACUAAUUUUAAGUACAUUUAGUUUAAUAUAUCAAGAAAGUAAGAUAUUUUGUGGUUGAUGCUGUAUAAACCUAAAAAAUUUUCCGGAGGGUUCCUUCUGUUGCUUUUUGUGAAUUAUUUAUUUAAAAUCUUUUGUUGGAUAUAAUGUUUACUUAUGAUAAUCCCAUAUAAUUGUGUAGCUGUCUGUUUUGCGUAUACCUACUAGAGGGCUUUUAGAGCUAUUCUUUAAAAUGUGUUUAGUGUUAUUUACAACAUGUUUAAUUUUUUUCUGGAAUACGGCAAUCUAUGUUGGCAGGCAGGUGUUAUGAUUGGUAAAAUUAUUAAAGUAUACAUUUAUAAUGACCAUUUCAUCUGAGUUGUUGAAUUAUGGUUUACUAAAGGGUUUAAGAUUUUCAAGUAUAUGCCUAUAGGUUUUGAUUAAUUUUUUAAAGUGAAUUAUUAUAUAAUUAUUAUAUAUGUAAUAUGUAUUUUACAUGUCAAUUUUUAUCAAAAGAGAUUCAAAGUUAUUUAAUUGACUGAUCUUUACUAUUAAUAAAUUGAUUAUUAGUUGGUUUUUCAUUUUUAAAUGGAUCGGGUUAGAAUAUUUUUGAUUCUAAUAUAUUGUGUUGUAUAAUGAUAGCAGUAUCGUCAGCAUACAUUCCCAAUUGACAGUGAUAAUGAUUGGAAUAUUUCCUUGGGGAAUCCGUGCCUUUAUAGAAAGAAACUAUUUUAAUUUUAAGUGGGCUGCCCAAUAAGCAGGUUGCCAAAAGAGUAUUUGAGAAAAAUUAGAUCCUACAUAUUCAUACUUCGAUUGUGUGAUUUGUAACAAAUGAUACACUGUAGAGAUAAAUUGAAAAAUUUAAUUUUUCAAGUUUAUGUAGAAGACAUUGGUGCUAUACUUUAAAACUUUGUUACACAUCAAGGAAACCCACAGUUGUUUUUUUUCUUCAAAUCCAGAUACUUAUUUCAGAAACACCGUAGUUAGUGAAGUGUUGAAUAGUAUGGUUUAAAAGCCGUAAAUUGUGAAGUGGAGUAAUUUUGAAAAAGGGUUUUAUUCUUUAGAGCAUAAUUCUUUUCAGAAGUUUGGAGAGGGUCAGGAGUAAAUUUAUUGGUCUAGCUUUUGGUUGAAUUUUUAAGUUUUCCUGAUUUAUGAAUAGGGAUGGUCGUUGCUGGUUUCCUUUUAUUUAAAAAAAAUCCUAUUACCAUUGUUGAGUUUAGAAGGGUACCUAGCUAAGUAAGACAACGAUUUUGAAUUAAUAUUUCUUUAAAUUUUUGUUUGUUAUUAGGUCACGUUUUGGACUUUUCUUGGCAUUUCUUUCCUAGUUUAUGGCUAUUAUAUGAUGUAAUUCCUAGGGGUGUAUGGAUUACUCAUAUUUGCAUCUUAUUCUUUUCUCUGGGUUACUUCUAUUCCUUAAUACUAAGAUUGGCAAACCUAUGGCACAAGUGGCUCAUUGAUCAAAUUUCAAUGAUAUAAAAAUAUUUAUCUUAAAAAUUAAAAUCAUUAUUCAAUAUUUUAGCAAAAGAAAUUUGAAAAAACAAUUUUAUAAAUUUGUAAUAAUAUGAAAAACCCUAUUUAAAUUUUAUAGAUAUUUAUAAACAUAAUAUUUAUGAUUAUUGUACUAUUAUCACCACGUGAAUAGGAAUUCAUGAAUAACAUUACAGUAUCAUCGGAAAAUAAAAUGUGAUUUCUUUGACGAUAAUAACUGCGGCACACUAGUCAGCCGUCCAAAUGUAAUUAUUGGAUGUUUUGUAAUAUUAUUAUAUUAAUAUAUCACUUUCAAAAAAAAAGUGAAAUUUUUUAGAGAAUUGUCAAGUUGAGAUUUCCAAGAUUGGUAUACCAUAGAUAUUAUAUAUUAUCUAUGAUGUACACCUAAAUAUAGUAAUAAAGCUUCUAUGUGUACUGUGUUCAGAAAGUGUUGUAUGUGUCAGACUUCAUUUGUCAAACGUCACCUACCAAAUUAUAUAAUUUAUUCGUUUCAUUUUAAAUUAAUUAUUAUUUUGUUAUCAUGUUUUACUACAUUUUUGUUUUAUUGUUUUUAUAAUGUAAGUAUUACAUUUCUAAUAACUGCUAUUUUAAUUUAAAUAAUAGUAAACUGACAACUAAAAUUAAUUUGUUUUUAUGUUUCAGAAGGAUUAUUAUAAAUAGUUCAAAAUGAUAAGAAUUGAAGAAAGUCGUAUUAAGUCAUAUCUAACUAUGGUUUGUUUAUCUUCAAAAAAAAAAAAAAAAAAACCAAGAUUUUGUGAAAAAACAAAAUUAGUGUGUAAAGUGCAUUUUUAAACUCAAUGUAACCUUUCAUUUAAAAUUAUUUAAUUAUUAUAAAAUUAAAUUAAUAAAUAAAACAUAUAAGACUAUUAUUGAUUAUUAUUUUCCAAAUUUAAAUAUCUUAAAAAUAUUAAAAAGUGCACUUUAAACAUCAAAAUGACAUAUAAAUAAAUAAAACAUUUUAUUUUUUUUUAGUAUAAAUUUCCUGAACAAACAAAGAAAGAAAUUUUAAAAACAUUAAAUUUUUAUCAUGGGCUCAUUUGUAGUUUUGAGACAUUUUGUAAGUUAUUUCCAUCAUUUUAGCAAUUAAUUAAGUUUUAACUUUUUAGUCAUAUUAUUGAAUAUUUAUUUAUAUAAUGAAAUAAAUUUGUAUUAUUAACAGUAUUUUCUAACAGAAUAGAAAAAAAAUUAGUUAAUCUGAGUGGUACUAUCCCAGUGACAUUUAAAGGUAAUUUCAUUGUAUAUAUUUCAGUUUUAUGAAAAUAAUUCAUUAAUAUCUAUAUUAUUUUACCUUUUAAGGUACUACUUAUCACAUUCCAAUUUGUAUCUGGCUUAUGGAUACACAUCCAAAUAAUGCGCCAAUUUGUUAUGUUAAACCUACAUUGGAUAUGCGAAUUAAGAUGUCAAUGUAUGUUGAUCAUAAUGGAAAAAUUUAUCUACCAUAUUUACAUAACUGGACUCCGGUAAUUUGUUAAAUUUGUAUAAUUGAACUAAAUUACAUGUAAAUGAGUACUAUUAUUUUAGACUUCAUCCAAUCUUCUUGAUUUAAUUGGGGUUAUGACUGUCACUUUCUCUGAAACACCUCCUGUAUAUUCUUUUAACCGAACUGAACAGCCUUCAAACCCUGCUGUCGGAUACCCAACACAAAUGCGUAAGUUAAAUUUAUAUAUUUUGCGUUAAAUAUAGUCUGUAUUUAGGUCAACCACUGAAAAAUGAAAUAUGUUAAUUACAAACACUGAUAUUAAUAUAAUAUUGUACCAUGUUAUAAAUAUUGAUUAUUUUUUUUUUUACUUAUACAAAUAGCAUAUGGUGGUACUGCUUCAAAUUCUUAUUUACCAUAUUCUUCAAUACCUACACCAUCUACUGCUGCUUCAAAUAAUCCUACAACAUAUCAUGGAAACUCUAAUACUCCCUACCCUUUAUAUAAUAAUCAAUUUCCAACUCCCCCAUCUUAUUCAACAAAUGCAACAAACUUUUCACCUUAUACUCCACCAUAUCCUACUCAAAAUGCUUCACAAGCUUGCCCAUAUCCUCAACAACCUGCACCAAUAAGACCAGAAUAUCCACCCUAUCCUUCAACUGCUAGUACUUCGCCUAAUACUGCAUCAGGGGUAAGAUAAUUAAAAACAAUUUAAGUAAAUGUUUUUGUAAUGAGAAUAUUCUUUGGAAUUUGAAUAUUAUUUAUAGUUGAAAGAUGGUGGGACAAUAACUGAAGAACAUAUAAAAGCAUCUUUGUUGUCUGCUAUUGAAGAUAAAGUAAGACGUCGUUUUAAUGAACAGAUGGCCCAAAAUAAAGCUGAAUUAGACAUAUUGCAACAGUCUCAAAGAGAGUUAUCAUUGGGAAAAAAUAAGUUGGACUCUAUUUUGACAAGUCUUAAUAAAGAAAAAGUAAAGAAAAAUCUAAACUGCUUUGAGUUUAUGUAGUAAUUUACUUAAUUUUCAGGCUGAAUUAGAACAAAACAUUCUAGUGCUGAAAGAUAAAGAAUUAGAACUUGAAAUGGCUAUUUCUAAGUUAUCCAAAGAAGAUAAAAUUGAUAUUGAUGAAGCUGUAACUACAACUGCUCCUCUCUAUAAACAGUAAGUAAUCAAUUUAUGUGAAAUAAACUUUGAUAGAUAGAUUUUUAUUUUUAAUAAUAAAACUAUGUGUAUGUUGAUUAAUUUAAAUUGCCAGCAUUUGUUUUGUCCUUAUGUACAGUUGUUGUCUAAUAGAUUAACACGGUGGUGGGGAUGAUUUUCAGAAAGUGUAGCCCAAACUAGUCUUGGUGUGUUUCGGCUGUGUGACAUGUUUAAUUAAGUUGUUUAUCAUAAAUAUAUAAAAAUAAUCGACCUUGGCUAAUAAUGACAAUAUUAAUAAACUCAUGUGAUAUUGAAACUAUGGAAUAUACUAAUAUACAUAUAUUUACACAUUUUCACCACUAUUAUGUUCAUGUAAUUUUAUAUUAUAUACCAUCCAAACCCCUGUUUUCCACAAUCAUGCAGUCACCGCCAUGCCAAUUUAUCUGACAACAAAUAUAAUUCAAUAGAUUAAUAGGACAUUGUACCAACAUGUCCUGUUGUUUCUGUUUUAAAAAUAUGACAUAACAAAUUGGCCAUUUAACUGAGAUGACUCUGUGCUGUUUUUUUUUAAUUAACCUAUUAUCAAUCAUGAAGAUAAGGACGUUAUCUGUAUAACUAUAUAAGUACAUGGUUUUUCUAUAAUUUAAUUUUAAAGUGAGAUUUUAAAAUUUUUAUAUUUUUCUUAAUCAUAUCUUGCAUAAAAAAAAAAAAUGCCGAAAAAACCCCCAAGUACCAGAUCUUUAAGAUAAUAAACCAAUUUUCUCUAAUGUUAUAAAGUAUCAGCACCGAUUUGUCUUUGCUGUGUUAAUUUACUAUGCUGUAUUUUUGUUAAACGGAUCCAAUACAUGCGAGUACAAUAUUAUCUUAACGUAUAAUUUAAAAUUCAAUUAAAUCCAAUUAUCCAAUAAUUCUAAAGAAAAACAAUGUUUAUAUUUUACAUACAAAUAUACUAUCUUAAUUAACAAUUAGAAGUUAUACCUAUAUGACUGUAUUAUGUUAAAUUGUUUUAUUUUUGAUAGAAUAUUAAAUGCAUUUGCUGAAGAAGCUGCGACUGAAGAUGCGAUUUAUUAUAUGGGAGAGGCAUUACGGAGAGGCGUGAUUGAUCUAGAAGUAUUUCUAAAACAAGUGCGAUCCCUAUCACGUAAACAGUUUAUAUUGCGAGCAUUAAUGCAACGAUGCAGACAUAAAGCUGGACUAGUAGCUUGAUUGAAAAUAAUAAUGCGGUUUAUUAAAAUAUACUACAAAAAAUUUAAUUUUUCAUUCUGGAGAUACUAAAAUAGGGUAAAAUAAACAAUAUAUUAUUAGUUUAUUAUUUCUGUUUUAACAGGAUAGUAUUUAUUAAUUAUUUCUGUUAGCAACUAAUACUAUAGAAAUAGUAAAAAAUUCAUCAAAUUUGUGUAUGUUAUAUAUAUAUAAUAUUAAUCAAUAAAAAUAAAAAGAAUUAUAUCUAAGAAAUCAAACUUUAUACAAUAGUAUACCUUGUUUUUGUAUGAAAAUUGCAAAUAUAAGGAUUGUUUGAUUAUAUUAAUUAUUUUAAAUAAUAUUUAUUUAGAUGUUUUAUAAUUUAUACUACUUAUUUAAAUAUUUAUUCAUAUUUAAUCUUAUUUUUUUGUCAGCUAUUUUUAAUUUGUAGACCAUUUUGAAAUAUUCAUAAAAUGUAAUGUACCCAUUAUUAUUAUAUUAUUAUUAUUAUUAUUAUUAUUAAUAACAUGAAAAAUAAAUCAAUAUUUUUUUUUACUCAAUUUAAAUUAAAUUGAAUUUCAAUGAAAGUUAUUCAAAAUUUAAAAAUAUUUACUUGUUUUCUUCUUUCAUCCAUAUUCUUUGUAUUGCAAAUACCAUGCAAGUAAUUAUUACAAAAAAAAAAACAACUAAUAAAUAUUUAUGAACACAUUUAUUAUAUUUAAAAGUUGAACAUUUAUUUAGAACAAAUUUUACAUUUUUGGAAAGUAUAGAUUAUAAAUAAUAUACAUAUGCUCUGGGAUAUGCAUAUAAAUGUUAAAAUAUAUUUAUUCAUACCUUAAAAUGGUAUACUUGUGUAUUAUUUAAUGACAUAAGUAAACAUUUUUUAUGUAUUGAAAAUAAAUAUGCAUUAUACGUAUAUUCCAACCCAUAGUAAUAGGAAUAGUAGCCCAAAACCAGUAAAUAGAGCAGCAACAAAAGAAAUGAUCAGUUCUUUUUUUAAAUUUCUGGUAUAUUUGGUACCAGUUACUUCGUAGACGAAAAACCAUGCAGUGAAAAACACACCAAUGCUGAGCAAUAACAAAGUAAGGUGUGGAUAGACUGCUGGGCUAACUGGAGACACAUACCGCUUAUACAUUGUUGUAGUCAUUAUGCUAAAAAAAAUAUAUGUAUAUUGGAAUACAGGUUAAUUUAAAAU